AUGGAGAAAGACGCGCAGGUCGCCGAAGCUCUACUAGCAACCUCAACCGGCCAGGCCGCGUUGGACUAUGCAAUCCAAGCAGCUGAGCUCUACAUGCGAGCCGCGAGCAGUACUUCGAAAAAGCAGGAUGCCGCUCGCUUUCGACAGAGAUGCAAUGCACUCAUUGCCCAAGCGGAAAAGCUAAAGACACAGCUACCGAAAGCGCCGCUGCGGCUAGAUGGAGCCGAUAUUUUGCGCCAGUCCUCCUUAUUGCACGGAAACGAGUUUCCGCCGUGGGAAAAAGAUCCAUCCGAUGCUGAAUUCCAGCACAAGUCGGGACAGGAGCUGUUCACUGACGAGACUACGUUCAGCCUGUCACCAAUCCAAACAGAAAAUUUCGCCUCAUGGCAGAGGCCGCGAGAUCUCUGCGACAUUCCUGAUGAUGACCUUGAUGCUUUGAUGAAACCCACGCAGAGCUGCAACUUGGUCCAGGACAUCACUACCGACUGCUCUGUUGUAGCCAGCCUUUCCGCCGCAAUCGAUAUGCUGACAGGCAAGCAUUCGGUGCUCGCCUUCAUCAUCCAUCCUUUUAACCAUGACAGCGGCUAUCCUAAGAUAUCAGCUUCUGGAAAAUACGUCUUUCGAAUGAACUUUAAUGGCUGCUGGAGACGCGUUGUUAUUGAUGAUCGACUACCAGCCUCGAGAACCGACAGGACACUUUUCGUGGUAGAUAGACGGAACCCACGACUCAUCUGGCCAGCGCUUCUAGAAAAGGCCUAUCUCAAAGUGCGCGGUGGCUACGACUUCCCUGGCAGCAACUCCGGCACCGAUUUGUGGGUGCUUACAGGCUGGAUUCCUGAGCAACUCUUCCUUCAGAGGGAAGACUUUGAUUUAAGCACAACAUGGAGGCGGAUCAAGGCCGCUCAUGAAACACAGGACGUGGUCGUUACCCUCGGAACCGGUCGUAUCUCUACCGAGGAAGAGGAGGUCAUGGGUUUAGUUGGAGAGCAUGACUAUGCUGUCCUUGACAUGGACUGUUCGAAUGGAAUACGAAAAUUACUGAUCAAGAAUCCGUGGUGCAAUGGACCUGUGUGGACUGGUGCUGGCUGGUCUACGCCGCAAAAAUCUUCGACGGCCGGAAUGAUGCAGGACGGAGACAUCGCAAGCCGCAAAACGGAUCGAUAUCCCUCUGGCACCCUGUGGGUUGCGUUCGAAGAUGUGGCACAGCACUUCGAGUCCAUGUACUUGAAUUGGAACCCAAAGCUUUUCCCGUACCGCCAAGAUCGACAUUUCAGCUGGAGCACGCCACCAAAAUAUCUUGCUGCAUCGCUGGUGCGCAAUGUGCAGUACUCCGUCACCUGUCCUAGAGGCGGCCUCGUUUGGGCACUCGUCAGUCGCCACUUUGUUGAUCAAGAGCUAGUCAUUAUGCGAAACCGGCGGGGCUCCAUGGCUGCUAUGGCCGAGCAGCUUGGGUACAUGAGCAUCCUGAUAUUUGAGGCUAACGGUAAACGAGUGCAGACCAGCGAGGGACAGCUGUAUCGCGGCCCUUACGUCGACUCUCCGCAAACCCUGGCCCGGCUAGAGACUGAGCCAGGCAAACAAUACACCGUUGUCCUGGAUCAGCAAGAACUACCGCUGAAGAACUACAAUUUUACUCUUGCUGUCUUUUCCGAGCUCCCCGCUGAAGUACGCGAGGCCCAAGAAGCAAUGUCGCAUUUCCAAGAGAUUGAGGGCUCAUGGAGUCGACGCACAGCAGGCGGCAACUCAUCCCUUCCGACCUACUUCAUCAACCCCCAGUAUAAGCUCUCCACAACACGAACCGGUCCCGUUUCUAUUCUGCUGACGACUGGCGACCAAGACGUUCACGUCCAUGUCGACCUCGUUUGGGCGGCUGGAAAGCGAGUGUCCUCGAUUCGCGUUAAAGAUCUAGCUGGAACAUCUGGGGAAUACAGACAGGGAUGCGCCGUUGCUAACAUACCCAAACUCGACCCUGGUAUCUAUAGCUUGGUUUGCUCCACCUUUGAAGCGAACCAGACGGCAGACUUUGCCCUUAGGGUAUCAUCGACAUCAGCCGUUGAGCUAGAGAGUGUCCCUGCCGAUGCAGCUGGUCGUCUACGCAACUCCCUCACGCCUCUGGCACUCACUGAACGAGAAGAGCGGAUGCGCGCCCAAAUUCGAGUCUCUUGGCUUACCCGAGGAAGCGUCUGCGUACGGAAUGUUGGCCCUAAAAGUUCAAGAGACGAGUUUGUACGGCAGCCCUCUUCGCUCAUGAUUCGUGUCUACAUUGUGCAUGGUUGGGGCCCCGAGCAGCUGACAGUUGCCGAGUCUGGCGAUGGCGAGUUUGUCGAGUCCACAGUGGCGCUGCGGACGCCGGAGUUUGAUCUUGAGCCGGAGCGGACACACUCGGGACAGAUGUGGCUUGUUGUUGAGAUAAUUGGAGUGCACAAUACUCCCACAUCACUUGAAAUGGAUGUAUUUAGCGACUCCCCAGUACAUGUUGGUCCAUGGCAGAGCUGGUGA